UAUUUUUGGAAAAAAGUUUCUAAGCUACACCAAGUAUGGUGUAAUAUGGUGAAAAACAUCUGAAAUAUUAAAAUAUGUCAAUACCAUCACCAACUAUAUGAUAAUACAUACCACAUGUACAAACAAAAUAAUUAUAUGGUGUAAACUACAUAAAUGGUUUUAAUUGAUUUUGUGAUUUAUUGAUGGGGUCAAUCGGUAAUUAACAAAAACUUAAUUAAAAACCUAAGAACCCAACCCACACUAAGUCUAUGAAUCCGACCAAACAUAAAGAACAUGACUUAACCCGAAAAUGAGAGGACUACAAUUUUAGUAUUCGUAAAAGACAAUUGAUUUGGGGAUUUUUUAACACGGUAGGAGAGAAAGAGACAGAGAGAGCAAGAGAAAGAGAUCGACAGAGAUUGCGAACCCUAACAAUAUCAUUUCGUUUCCAGAUAUGGGGGAGCCGUUGGUGAAAGAGCCGCAUGAGACAAGGGUAGCUCCGGUUUGGAUAAAGCAGUCAUACAUGGAGACAGAACAGACCUUUGCUUGAAACAAAGUUUUGAAACAUCAUUAACAAGAAGCAAAAGAACAAAAGGAAGAGCUUUUUAAAUUUCUGAAGUCGUUGCUAAUCUAUUACAUUUGUUGUUUUAAAUGUUUCUUUCUUUAGAAUAAGAAUAAAAAAAAAAUCUUGGGAACAAAAGAGAGUUUUUUUGUCUCUAUCUUGUCUACAUAGAAAAAACAGGUGAUUAAGGUUUCUAAAACCAAAAAAAAAAACUUAACUCACUUCACUUCUUUGAUUCUUUAAUAUUCACAAAGAGUAAAUUAACUUCCUUUCUUUUAAUUCUUGGUAAAUAGUCACUAUGUUACGGUGAGACUGUGUUCUCUGUUUCCUCCUUCCAACUUUUCGAGCUUUGAAGCUUCUCUGUAAACUCAGUUUGACUCUUCAAGCUCGGAUACAGUGAGUCUGCAAAUCAUGUGCGACAUCUCUUGGUAGUCAUGAACUCGGAUUUGUGACUCUCUUGGUCUGUUCGUCAUUAGAGUGUGAUCUUCUUGAAUUGUUUCAUUGCUCAUACCAGAUUCGAGUACUGAGGAUAACCAUCUUCUUGAAAUGUUCUCUGUUACAAGGGAAAAAAUAUACUUUUAACACAAGAAAAUAACCCAAAAGCUGAUAUGAUAUCUCAAUUUUGAAUAUGAAGAGUUAUCAACCACGUUCCGGAGUUACUCGAACAUAAUCAAGAACUGAAACAGGGCUCGAGUCGCAGCUUCUACACUCUUCUUCCUCCUUCAUUGAUUUCACUUCACAGGUGACUAAAUCUCCAUCUCUGGAGCAACGACCAUUGUUCUUGAUGUUCUGUCUCAUCCUUGGCUCUUUCACAAUUUUUGGGUGAAUUCAUGUUCUUUAUGUUUGGUCGGGUUCGUAGACUUAGUGUGGGUCAGGUUCAUAGGGUUUUAAUUAAAUUUUUGUUAAUUACCAAUUGACCCCAUUAAUAAACCACAAAAUCAAUUAAAACCAUUUAUGUAGUUUACACCAUAUAAUUAUUUUGUUGGUACAUGUGACAUGUAUUAUCAUAUAGUUUGUGAUGGUAUUGACAUAUUUUGAUACUUCAGAUGUUUUUCACCAUAUUAUACCAUACUUGGUGUAGCUGAGAAACUUUUUUCCUUUAUUUUUUACAAAUGAGCCAACGCGCGAAAUGAGAAAAACCGAAACGACGCGAGUGGUUCGAAUUGUAGUGAUUGGUUGGGGACAUUGAAACACAAACCGCCUUAAAAAAAAACAAAAAGCGAAUCCUUAAAUACUGGGCCCCGCGACAGUGAUGCAAAGAAGUCUUUUUAAAAAGAGAAAAACCUUUUCCUAUCUCUCUCGCUCUCUCAGAUAUCUCUUCCCUCUUCUUCAAUGGAUCAUCCCGCUUCUUCCAGAAACCAGCACAACGGAACCGUCUCUUCCGGCGUCAAGGGCUUCGUUGAGCAGCAGAUAUCUCCUGGAGAUGAAAGGAUUGUCUCUUCUUCUUCUUCUUCUUCUACUUCCCUUGCUCAUCCUCCUGAUCCCUCCCUGUAUUAUCAAAACCCUACCAAUCUCUAUCCUUACGGUUGGAAUGUUGCACAUUCUGGUUAUCCUCAAGGCAUCAAUGCUUGGGAUGGUUAUCCACUUUAUGCUACUUCCCCUGAAGGUCUGCAUAUCCCACAGGUUGUCUACAAUGAAGAUUCGUCUCUUAUGUACCAACCUGGUUUUGCUUACAACCCUUACCCGUCUAUGAUGUUGGAGGGCCAAAUCCCAUUCUCCCCAGCUUAUUACCCACAGUUUGGGAUGCAUUUUAGCCACUCAGAAUUUGGUGGUGGAAACGACCCAACAUCUGCUUAUAUGAUACCUUUUGAUGGAUAUGGGGGAGGCAACUUAUCUGGGAAUCAAGGGGCCAACUCUUUAACAUAUCCUCAAGCGAUGGGUAUACUUGGGCCAUACGACCAUGAUGCUUCACAGUUACCGUUACAUGGGAAUGGAAUUUCUUCAAGCUCUUCUUUGGGAGGAUAUUAUCCUGUAGGAUCUUACCAGAGUCCAAGCUCUAUUGCCUCAUACCAUGAAGCUGAUAAUCCAGUCAGAUUAGCCUCUGACAUUGGUAAAAGGCGUGAAAAUCAGUACAGCUCUGUACUUACCACCAGUGAUCUCUAUGGUAAUCGAGGACCAAGAUCGUUCACCAGGGUAAAGAGCAAGAACGGUUCUGGACUUAUCUCUUCUGCUGGUGAUGCAACAAAUGAUUCAAGCACAGCUGGAACAAACCCCAGUUUGUACAACCAUCCAGAAUUUGAGACAGAUUAUAAGAAUGCUAGAUUCUUUAUCGUCAAGUCGUUUAGUGAAGACAAUGUCCACAGAAGCAUCAAGUAUAAUGUCUGGGCCAGCACUCCACAUGGCAACAAGAAAUUAGAUACUGCUUAUGGAGAUGCUGAGAAGAUGGGUGGAAAGUGUCCAAUCUUUCUCUUCUUUUCGGUAAAUGCUAGUGGACAAUUCUGUGGUGUUGCGGAAAUGGUUGGACCUGUAGAUUUUGAAAAGGAUGCUGCUUACUGGCAGCAAGGCAAGUGGAAUGGGCAGUUCCCAGUGAGGUGGCAUAUUGUGAAAGAUGUACCGAAUAACCGGUUUAGUCAUGUUCUCUUGCAAAACAAUGACAACAAGCCGGUGACACACAGCCGAGACUCUCAGGAGGUGAAGCUACGUCAAGGGAUUGAGAUGCUGAGAAUAUUCAAAGAAUACGAGGCACAUACAUCAAUUCUCGAUGAUUUCGACUACUAUGAUGAAAGAGAGAGUCAAAAGGUGGGAGAAGAUGGAGGGAGGAAACAAGAGACCUCUUGUGUGGAACAGUUAUCAGAACGUCUUCAGGCUGUCUCAGUAGAAGAUGGAAAGGAGGGGGAGAAAGAAGACUUGAAAGAGAAGACCUGAUGUAGAUGAUAGAUGCAGCUGCAGCAGAUAGUAGCUAGAAGCAUUCUUUUGGUAAAAAAGGGAGGUUUUAUGUUUUGUUUUUUCUUGGUUGGGAGUUUAUACUAAAAUGUCUGAAAGAUAACCAAUCCAUUUCCUUGUACUUUUGUAGCAUUAUGCGUUUUUUUCCAUCUGUGAACAUCUUAGCUACUACAUCUCUAUUGUAAUCGGAUUCAGCAUAUGAAUAUGAAGAUAACUAAGAUAAGCAACAAA